AUGACCUACUGCAACACUCAGGAUCUGCUCUUUAACUCUCAUAACUUUGUACCCAACUACAAAUGUGGCAUCCAGGAAAAUGUAAUAGGAGUCAUUGGGGGACUGACCGCUGAGACCUCCUCAAACAUGGCAGACAUCUUAGGUAUUUACAAGAUUCCACAGAUUUCAUAUGGCUCAUUUCAACUAGAAUUGAAUGAUCAAGUUAAGUUCCCUUCAUUUUAUCACAUGGUCCCCAAUGAAGCCCUUCAGUAUCAAGGAAUUCUUGAGUUACUUCUGUAUUUCAGAUGGAAAUGGGUAGGCUUGAUGGCUAUAGCCGAUGAAGGUGGAGAAUAUUUUUUGCAGACUAUAGAGCCAAUGCUUUUGCAGAAUAAAAUCUGUUUAGCAUUCAUAAAACGAAUUGCUACCAAUUUGCAUAGCUAUUUUAAUGUACAGAAAGUAGCCACAGAAACACAGGGGCUUUCCCCAGCUUUUGCAGUAAGCAAAGCUGAUACAGUUAUUAUAUAUGGAGAAACUUCUUCUAUUUCAUGGUUACCAUAUGCUAUAGAAGGAACUAGAAUAAUUCAAGAAAUACAUCCUGAAUAUCAGGAGAAGGUAUCUACAGCAAAAGUAUGGAUUACAACAGCCCAAAUUGAAUUCACAUUCUCUAACCUUCAAAAUAUGUUUUAUAUCGAUAUCCAAGAGCUUCAUGGUGCUCUGUCCUUUGCAAUUCACUCAAAUGAUCUGCCCGGCUUCCAAGAAUUUCUUGAGAAUGUACGUCCUUCCUGGGCAAAUGAAGAUGGUUUUAUCCAUACUUUCUGGGAACAAGCAUUCAGCUGUAGAUUUCCAAACAAUAUGGAGCCAACAGACACCACAAACACAUGUACAGGAGAGGAGAUGCUGGAGAGCCUUCCUGCACCUUAUUUUGCAAUGAGUAUGACUGGUCACAGCUAUGCUAUCUAUAAUGCCAUCCAUUCUCUGGCACAUGCCUUACAUAUCAGGCACUCAUCCAGAGCCAACUACAGAUCAAUUGAGACCAGUGGCCGACCAUCUCCUCAGACUGUUGAACCCUGGAAGUUCCACUCAUUCCUUCAGAGGGUGUCAUUCAACAACAGUGCUGGAGAGGAAAUUACGUUUAACGAACAUGGGGAAUUAGUAGGUGGAUUUGAUAUUAGAAACUUGGUGACUUUCCCAAAUAGAUCCUACAUCAGGGUCAAAGUGGGGAAGGUGGAUCCUCAGGCUCCUCCGGGCAAAGAGUUUUCCAUUAAUGAGGACAGAAUCAAAUGGCACUGGAACUUGACUCAGGUACCACCUCUUUCAGUAUGUAAUGACAACUGCCAUCCUGGCUACCAUAAGAGAAAAAAAGAGGGGGAGAAAUCUUGCUGUUAUGAUUGUGCUCCAUGUCCAGAUGGGAUGUUUUCAAAUGAGAUUGACAUGGAAAGUUGUGUCCCUUGUCCAGAUGACCAAUAUCCAAACAAAGGGAAGGACCAGUGCAUUCCUAAGAGUCCAAACUUCCUGGCUACUGAUGACACUUUGGCUGUCGUUCUAAAUUUCUCUGCAGUUUUGUUAUCACUGAUUACAGUGCUGGUGCUUGGCAUCUUCAUCAAAUACCAGGACACUGCCAUAGUCAAGGCCAACAACAGAAGCCUCACCUAUAUUCUCCUCAUCUCCCUUCUCUUGUGUUUCCUGUGCUCCUUGAUGUUCCUUGGAAGGCCUAAUGAGGCAACUUGCCUCCUCCGACAAACUGCUUUUGGUAUAAUUUUCUCUGUAGCCCUCUCUAGCAUCUUGGCCAAAACCAUCUCUGUGGUUUUGGCAUUCAUGGCCACCAAACCAGGAUCCAGGAUGAGGACAUGGUUGGGACAAAGGCUGACUUAUUCCAUUGUCUUUUCCUGCUCCAAAAUUCAAAUAGGGAUCUGUACUCUGUGGCUGGCAACUUCUGCGCCGUUCCCAGAUGUGGACACAUACUCAAUGACUGAAGAAAUUAUAUUGCUAUGUAAUGAAGGCUCAAGCAUCAUGUUUUAUUGUGUUCUGGGCUACCUGGGCUUCCUGGCCUUUCUCAGCUUCACUGUAGCUUUCCUAGCCAGGAAGUUGCCUGAUAGUUUUAAUGAAGCCAAGUUCAUCACUUUCAGUAUGUUGGUCUUUUGCAGUGUUUGGCUGACUUUUGUUCCAACUUACCUGAGCACAAGAGGAAAAUACAUGGUGGCUGUGGAGCUCUUCUCCAUCUUGGCUUCCAGUGCUGGGCUACUGUGUUGCAUAUUUUCCCCUAAAUGCUACAUCAUUUUACUGAAGCCUGAGCUGAACAACAAAGAGCAACUGAUCCGAAGAAAGCUAUAA